AUUCGCAGAAGGUACCUUGGUGGUGAGAGUCAACAGCAGAAAUAUUCGUCCCCUGAAUUUCACCGACACCCCGAUCAGCUCCAUGGCUCUCUCGGAAAGAAGCAAGAAACUACCGAUUGCAAGCCCCGACCGGUAGGGUGAAGCGCCUUCGCAGCUGAGACCCACCUCUCCUCGCCACAUCCCUCUCCCCUGCCAAUGCCGCUCCCGUUCGACGCCGUCGGCCAAGCCGUCGGCGCGGCGACAUGGCUGGUUGGCGUAGUGGCCGAGAGGCUCGUCGGCGACCGCGUCGCGGAGUGGGCCGCCCGCCACGGCGUCGACCAGGAGGAGGUCGCGCGCCUCAGGUCCGAGCUGCGGCGCGCCAACCUCGUCCUCGGCGCCGCGCGCGCGGGGGCCGCGGGCGGGAAGAGGAUCGGGAACGAGCAGCUCGCGGAGCCGAUCGCCGCCGUGCGCCGGCUGGCCGCCGACGCGCGCAACUUCCUCGACGAGCUCGACUACCUCGAGAUCCACUACAAGAUCAAAGAUAAGGAGCGCAACUGCAGCAGCCCAAGUUCAUCAAAGGCACCAGCUAUUAUUCGAUUUGCGUAUGGUUUUGCCAAUCAGACGAGCAAAUAUAUAUCGUCUGCAGUAAAAUAUUCUGCCAUGCAUAAUAAGGAGGACUAUCCUUUGACAACCAAAAGAAGAAUUGAGCGUCAUGAUAUCAUGAAUGGAAUAAAAAGAAUGAAGAUUGCAGAUUCAGAUGAUCAAAUCAUCCCAGAGAGAAAUCUUGAAGGGGAGACGGUCUCAGAUGGAAUUCCAGAAAGGAAACUCUGUAAGGAUGACAUAUCGCGGAGGAUAACAACUAUUGUUGACCAGCUACAUGAGAUCUGUGAGGACGUUCGUAAGGCUCUCAAGCAAGACAAGAUUGAUGAAAUUACUCGAGCAACGCACAGCACAAGCUCAGACUCACGAGAGGAAGGAGCCUGCUACACUGAAACUAAAGUCUUUGCACGGGAAGAGGAGAAGAACAAGAUUGUAAAGUUAAUCACGAAUGUCUCAGCAAGUAAUCAAAAGCUUUCGGUUCUUCCUAUUAUUGGUAAUGGAGGUGUUGGGAAGACAACAUUUGCUCGGUUAGUGUACAAUGACCCAGAAAUGAAAGCUAAAUUUGAUAUCAGGAUUUGGAUUUAUGUUUCCGCUAUCUUUGAUGAAGUCAAGCUUACAGAAGAGAUUCUAGAAUGUAUAUCUGAAGGCAAGCAUAAAAGCACGGCUAAGAAUUUGAGUAUUCUCCAAGAUGGUAUCAAGAAAUAUUUGACCAAAAGAUUUCUAUUAGUUUUGGAUGAUGUGUGGGAAGAGAAUGAGAGACGGUGGGACAAGCUAUUGGCUCCACUUAGAUGUACACAAAUCACGGGUAAUGUGGUUUUGGUGACUACUCGAAUAAAAUCAAUUACGAAAAUAACGAGUAUAAUGGAGCCGCACAUCAACUUGGGUGGUUUAAAGGAAGAUGUGUUUUGGCUUUUCUUCAAAAGAUGCAUCUUUGGUGAUGAAAACUAUCAAGGCCGAAGAAAGUUACAAAAAAUUGGAAAGGAAAUAGUCACUAGGUUAAGAGGAAACCCGCUAGCAGCAAAAACAUUAAGCACACUUUUGAAAAGAAGACUUGAAGAGGAUUACUGGCAGAGAAUUUCUGACGGUGAUGAAUGGAAACUACAGGGAGACAACGAUGACAUCAUGCCAGCACUCAUGCUUAGUUACAAUCACCUUCCCUACCACCUUCAGAGAUUGUUCUCUUACUGUGCUUUAUUUCCGAAGGGCUACAAGUUUAACAAGGACCAGUUGGUACAUAUUUGGAUUGCUCUUGGCUUUAUCAUUGAUGAAAGAAAGAGACCAGAGGAUACUGGAAGUGACUAUUUUGAUGACUUGGUAGACCGAAGCUUCUUUGAAAAAAUUGAGGAGUCACAGGAAUAUGCAUACUAUCUCAUGCAUGAUUUAAUUCAGGACCUUGCGCAGAGUGUCUCAGUCAAUGAAUGCCUCACUGUAGAUGGCUCAGGUCCUUUAACAGUCUCCCCAUAUGUUAGUCAUAUAAGCAUCUGGACUGAGUCAGCAUACAAGAAGAAACAAAAUGGCAAAAUAGAACAUAAUGAAACCUUUGAAAAAGGGCUAACUGCCAUUCGAAACAACGAUAUCUUGGGAAGCUUAGACAGUUUGAUGCUAGUCGGUUCAUAUGAUAAGUCUUUCUCUGUAAUAUAUGCAAAGAUUCUGGGGCAACUAAAGCAUGUCCGAGUACUCCAGCUAUCAGCAAUGUUUUUAAACGCUGACAUUUUGCAGUCAAGUAUUGCAAAUUUCAUCCAUCUUCGCUAUCUAGAACUGAGAUCCACCGAGGAGACUCUCAAAUGUUUGCCUAAGUCUCUAUGUAGACUUUAUCAUCUUCAGGUACUGGACGUAAGGCAUUGGUGUGGUCUUAAUGAUUUGCCAAGGGACAUUUGUAAUCUUGUAAAUCUGCGCUAUCUGAUUGUUCCAGAGUCAGGGGAAUUGCACUUGCACUCAAAGAUAGUAAGAGUUGGCAAACUUAAAUUUCUACAAGAACUGAAAGAAUUCCAUGUUCAAACAGAGAAUGGAUUUGCAAUUUCACAGCUGGAGAACUUGAAUCAGAUCAGAGGAUCACUUAGAAUCUUUAAUCUUGAUAAUGUUAUAAAAAAGGAUGAGGCCAGUUGUGCAGGAAUUAAAGAAAAAAAGCAUCUCAGGACAUUGUCACUGUCAUGGGGAAGAACAAGUGGCAAGUUUCCAAAGGAAACACUAGAGGGUCUUCAACCACAUGAUCGUCUCGAGCAUCUCCAUAUCACAAAUUACAUAGGUGCCACUCCAUCCUGGCUGGGAGAAAAUUUCACCCUCAACAAUUUAGAAAGUCUAUAUCUUCACGAUUGUACAGGAAUGGAGAUCCUCCCACCAUUCAAUCAAUUGCCAUUUCUGGAGAAGCUAUCCUUGGUUGGUAUGUCUUCUUUGAAGGAGGUCAAGUUUGAUUUCGAUUAUGCUAAUGCGAGCAGAGGUUCUCGUUCCUUUGAGGAGGAUAUGUCAGAUUUGGAUGACUUUGCCCUUACUGAACUCGAAAUAUGUAAAUGUUCAAUGCUAACAUCACUGAGGCUUCUUUCCUGCAAGGCAUUGACAAAGUUGAGCAUUAAAGAUUGCAUAGUGCUAGCUUCUAUAGAUGGUUUGCAGUCCCUUGAUCAACUGGAGUUCUGUGACAUCAAAGAGUGCCCUUGUUUUCCGUCUGCUCCAGAUUUUGAAAGACCGUCAACAAGUAUCUAGCAUCUCUGAUGUCUGGUGUUUGAUGGAGGGCCAUUUGAUAAACUAUGUUGCCUUGAAUUAUGAUAUCAAUAAGGACCAGAAUUAUAAGUCUGGAGUACUGAUGAAAUUCAGUGUGGGGUUUUUUUUGGUUGAACGUGCAAGAGAGCUCAACAACAAGAAGAAAAUGUAAAUGGGGACUACACGUUUUAGAACCAAAUUAAUGGGGAGGUCCCAUAUCAUGUCUUGUUUUUUUGUUAGGGAGUGUCAAAUCUAUAUUAUGUAACCUUUCUUCUACAUUCUAAAUUUGUCCCUUCUUUUGAAGCACUAUUUCUUUAAAAGUUCAAAGUGACUUUUUAUGUUUAAAUUUGUGGGUUAUGCAAAGCUGCGAAUACUUGCUA